AUGAUCCAGCUCAAGNGCGACCGCAUCAUUGUCGUCGUGCAGAAGCAGCGCAACUUUGGUCCCGAGUCUGGUCCCGGAGGCAGUGUGUCCAUCAGCGCAGCCAACAAAGUCCGCCGUGGCGACAUUAGACACGCCGUCGUCGUCCGUACCGCAAAGAAAUACCAAAGACCCGAUGGCAGCGUCGUCAAGUUCGACGACAACGCCUGCGUUCUCAUCAACAAGGGAGGAGAGCCCAUCGGCUCCAGACUGAACGGUGCGCAUAUUUGUCGCCUUGGCCGUCGCAUAUCAACUGACGCCGUCCAGNGUAUCGUCGGAAGCGAGCUCCGCAACAUGCAAUGGUCCAAGAUCUUGAGUUUGGCUCCCAUGCACUUGUAA